GGCUUCUUCAGUGCGCUACUGACACAAUAGUCACGAGGCAACCAUGUUACGGUUUUUGGUUUUAACUUCACAAUGUUUUCAAAUGAAAAUACGGCAUUCGAUUUUUCACCUUGCGUAUUCUGUGCAGUUAUUGUACAAGAAGCUUGGUUAUUUGAAGUUCUUCCCACAUCCCCCUUUUCACAACACUCGAUUUCUUCAGAACUUCGACUUCAUAAACACCUACUUCAAGAUCAUCAGCCUCCUAAUCAAGUUUAUAUCAAAUUUUUUCUGACUAUCAUAUGAAAUCACGAUAUCUUCUUGAUCGCCCAUAGAAUUGAUAUCGCUCCCGUCGGAAACCAGUUCCUCGACUAGCAGAAUUUAUCUAACUUCAGCCUUUCAAGGACAUACCUCUCGUCAUGCCGUGUCAACGUAGUACCAGAAGAAAAAUUGCUAACGGUGCAAACCCGUCUCCAAUAUCAAAACAGUCUAAAUACUUUUCAAAGGUUCUUGGCGAUGAAGUUAUCACCUUCCGAGUAGGUGAUAAGCUUAAGGUUAUCCAAGUGCACAAAAAUCUCAUUUGUGAAAAGCUGGAAGUUUUCGAUGCAAUGCUCCGUGGAAACUUUAGUGAGGCAACCUCCAAAGUCGUAGACUUACCAGAAGAUAACUUCGACGCAUUCGAAUUAUUAGUCGAAUGGUGUUAUACAAAUCGAAUAGCCAUGGCAGAUGAGAAUACUUCCUAUUCGUCUGUAAAUAUUAGGGUGGAGCUGUAUUGCUUGGCUCACAAGUACUGCGCUUUGGUUCUACAAGACUUUGUCACGAACUAUCUUAUUACAUGGUUCAAAAUCAAGGACGAACAUGUCAGACUUGUACAGCCCAAAUGGAUUUCACGUCUUGAAGAAACAUUCUCAGCUUCAUAUGAUGAAUUAGGAGGUAUAACAGAGCUUCCAGGACCCCUGCGUUUCUUCAUCCGUUUUUUAAACUCGAUGGUAGUACUCGCAUCUCAAUCCAAACCCUCCAAGCUGGCGAAGAUUUAUCUAGAGCCCUUUCCUCCGGAACAACUGGAAUAUUGGGGAAGCUUGUUUCCAGGAGUUCCAGUGGCAAAAAAUCAUAAAAUCAACCCAUUGUUAUCGGAAACACAAAUUAUCGAGAAUUGGAACGGUUCAUCAACAACCUGCUGCGAAUAUCAUACGCAUAGCUCUUCAAAAAUCCUUGAAUGCCCGGUUUUCAACGAGAUCAGAGGAACGGCUAAAUACUCACCUGAUGCUUUUGUAGUUGUCGCAAACUUCAAACGAAGAUUGGGAAGCAUGAAAGUAUUGGACCGAAUUAGGAACAAUCGGACCGUUACCACAGGACUGCUGCUUCUGACAGAUGAAAUUAAUAUGAAAGGCACGUCUUUUAGUACAGCACAGGCAAAUGCAGGUUUGCUUGAACUAUUUUGUCUUGGUGUUUUUGCAUUCAAAAACAGCAAAGAAAAAUCCCGCAAAAUUGAAUUUACGGAAGGUUUAGGUGUUCAACAACUAUGAAGCGUAUGAAUAGAUGCCAUCCAUGCUUCCAAGAGGCCAAAGCUGCCAGAUGAGGCUAGCAAGCAACAAAAUAGAUCUAUUGAGCACA